AUUUUGUAGCAAGGGACCAAAAUUUAAAGGUCAGGGACAAACUUUAUCACUUGUCGAAAACAUUAGGGACGAAAUGUCCAAAUUUACUAAACCUUAAUCGCAACUUCGUCUUCAUUCUUCUUCACUCAACGGUUUUUGGCGGCGGCGCUGCAAAAAGUUAUUGGAGAUACCAUAAAGAUGGAAAUCAAGACAGAUGGAAAUGAUGGAUCCUUGGUUUUAAUCAAGCAAGGAGCUGAGGCUAGGGUAUUUGAGUCAACAUUUGUGGGCAGUAGGAGGUGUAUUAUCAAGGAACGGUUUUCAAAGAAAUACAGGCAUCCGACAUUGGACUCAAAACUCACUCUUAAACGGUUGAAUGCGGAGGCAAGGUGCAUGACAAAAGCUAGACGGCUUGGUGUUGUUACUCCAGUGCUUUACGCUGUUGACCCUGUUAUGCAUACUCUCACCUUUGAAUAUGUCGAAGGUCCUUCUGUGAAAGAUAUAUUCCUUGAGUUUGGAUUAGCUGGUGUUGACGAAGAACGGAUGGCUGAUAUUGCAACACAGAUUGGUAAUGCUAUUGGCAAAAUACACGAUGGUGGCCUAGUCCAUGGCGAUUUGACAACAUCAAACAUGUUAUUCAGGAGUGCUGCCAAUCAGCUGGUGUUAAUUGACUUUGGCCUAAGCUUUACUUCAACGCUUCCAGAAGAUAAAGCAGUUGAUUUGUAUGUACUAGAACGUGCUUUACUCUCUAUGCACUCCUCUUGUGGAAAUGUGAUGGACCAGAUACUUGCUGCAUACAAGAAAUCCUCAAAGCAGUGGUCAUCAACAUGGAACAAGCUUGCCCAAGUGAGGCAAAGAGGAAGAAAGCGCACAAUGGUUGGUUGAAGCUUCCCCCUGAUUCUGCACUCCACAUUAAGUGAAAAGAUCAGAUCCUAUGGGGCAAGAGAAAGACAAAAACUUGCUCAUUGCAAAGACCAAUCUGUAUUUGUUGCAGUCUUGAUUAUUGUCAGUGUGACUGAUGCUGUAGCACGCUAUGAUUAUUCUCUUUUUUUUUUUUUUUUCUGUUUCUUUUUCUGCAAACAUUGUUCGAACAUAAAGUAAUAGUAAUGAAUUCAGUUGAACCUA